AUGCCAAGUGUGUGGCUUUCCACAUAUAUAUUGUUUGUGGGGUUUUUGGGGUGUGUAUAUUAUGUUGAUGGUCUUGGAGUCAAUUGGGGUACAAUUGCAUCCCACAGAUUGCCGCCAAAAAUAGUGGUUCAGAUGUUGAAAGACAAUGCAAUUAAGAAAGUGAAACUGUUUGAUGCUGAUGAAUCCAGCUUGACUGCUCUGUCUGGGACUGAUAUUGAGGUUAUGGUUGCUAUUCCCAAUGAUAUGCUCGCCACCAUGAACGAGAAUGAUAAAGCCAAGGAGUGGGUGAAGAAAAAUAUCACACGUUACAAUUUCAAGGGAGGUGUUAACAUCAAAUAUGUGGCGGUUGGGAAUGAACCUUUCCUCAAGUCUUACAACGGGUCAUUCUUGAAUACCACCUUCCCGGCUCUCAAGAACAUCCAAGAUGCUCUCAAUAAUGCCGGAGUUGGAGAGACUGUGAAGGCAACCGUGCCCUUCAAUGCUGAUGUCUAUGAGUCACCAGACAGCAGUCCCGUCCCGUCUUCGGGGAGGUUCAGGGCGGAUAUUGUUGGACAAAUGAAACAGAUUGCGGAGGUUUUGGACAAGAACAAAGCACCCUUCAUGGUAAAUAUCUACCCCUUCCUAAGCCUUUAUGGCAAUGACGACUUCCCUAUCGACUAUGCCUUCUUUGACGGACCAAGCAAACCCAUUGUCGAUAAUGGGAUUUCGUACACCAAUGUUUUCGAGGCCAACUAUGACACCUGUGUGUCGGCCUUGAACGCAAUAGGUUUUGGCAACAUGCCCAUUUUUGUUGGGGAGGUAGGGUGGCCGACGGAUGGUGACAAGAAUGCCAAUAUGAAAAUGGCUUUUAGGUACUACAACGGACUUUCACCGAGACUUGCAGCCAAUAAAGGCACCCCUCUUCGUCCUGGAUACAUAGAAGUCUACUUGUUCGCGCUUCUUGAUGAGGAUGCCAAGAGCACUGCUCCUGGGAAUUUCGAGCGCCAUUGGGGGAUCUUUACCUACGAUGGACAGCCCAAAUUCCCUGUUGAUUUAUUUGGUAAGGGCGAAAACAAGAUGCUGUUGCCUGCGCAGGACGUGAAGUAUCAGUCCAACAAAUGGUGCACGGUGAAUCCGAAUGCAAAGGAUUUGAGUAAGCUUACAGAGAGUGUAAAUUAUGCUUGCGGUGAAUCUGAUUGCACGUCGAUGGGGUUUGGUUCGUCUUGUAACAGCUUGGAUGCUAAUGGUAAUGCUUCCUAUGCAUUUAACGUGUUCUUCCAGGUGAAUGAUCAGAAAGAAGAGAGCUGUGAUUUCAAAGGUCUGGCUAUGAUUACCACACAGAAUGUAUCACAAGGGAAUUGCAAUUUUACCAUCCAGUUAGAACCAUACAAGUCUUGUGGUGAAAACACAAAACCUUUCUACUCUUCUUUGGCGCCCUCACCUGUGGCUUUGGCAUUUUUCUUUCUGUUGCUCUAG